UGUGCGACGAAGCGUGAUAUGGAAUACACAACGAUGCUGCUAUGUUUUCUUUCCUGGGUAAUGCGGAAGGUACCAGCAUCGAAGAACAUGGACUGAUAGGGUGUUACUUCCGUGAAUAAGACCAGUUUAAAUGAUGAGAGCUGACAUGUGUUUCUGUUUUCCACUUUUCCCAUCAGAACUGUAGGAGUGUUCCGCUCAAUGAAGGAUUGUUUUCCACUUUUCCCAUUAGAACUGUAGGAGUGUUCCGCUCAAUGAAGGAUUGUUUUCCACUUUUCCCAUUAGAACUGUAGGAGUGUUCCGCUCAAUGAAGGAUUGUUUUCCACUUUUCCCAUUAGAACUGUAGGAGUGUUCCGCUCAAUGAAGGAUUGUUUUCCGCCAGUUCUAUAGGAAAGACUAGGCAUGGGCAACUCUACGUCAGGACGCAAGGACUCCUUUGAUGUUCACGGUGAAGUGAAUUUUGACCACUUCCAAAUUCUGAGGGCCAUAGGCAAGGGAAGCUUUGGAAAGGUCUGUAUAGUCCAGAAAAAGGACAACAAGAAAAUGUACGCCAUGAAAUACAUGAACAAGGCCAUGUGUGUCAGGAAAGAUGCGGUCCGGAACGUGUUCCGAGAGGUGGAGAUCCUAUCGUCCCUGGACCAUCCCUUCCUGGUCAACCUCUGGUACACCUUCCAGGAUGAGGAGGACAUGUUCAUGGUUGUUGACCUACUUUUGGGGGGAGACCUACGGUUCCACAUUCAGCAGGAGGUCAGGUUUGAAGAGAGCCACAUCCAGCUGUACGUCUGUGAGAUAGCACUAGCACUGGAUUAUCUCAGGAAGAAGUACAUCAUUCACAGGGAUAUAAAACCUGACAACAUCUUACUGGAUGAGGAAGGUCAUGUUCACAUCACAGACUUCAACAUUGCUACCUUGACCACGGACAAUCAGCUAGCUACCUCCAUGUCAGGCACCACUCCUUAUAUGGCCCCUGAGAUUUUCGCCUGUGCAUUAGAUGAGUGCCCUGGCUACAGCUUUGCUGUUGAUUGGUGGUCACUGGGGGUGUGUGCCUACGAGAUGCUGAGGGGACGGCGACCUUAUGAUAUUCACAGCAGCACCUCCAUUCACGAAGCCAAGCAAAUGUUUACAACACUUAAAGUGCAUUACUCAUCAAACUGGCACAGUGGCUGCAAAGACCUUAUAAAACAGCUAUUGUACCUGGAUCCUGAGAAGAGGAUAUCAUCACUUGAGGCCUUGCAGAAGCACAGCUUUAUCGCCGACCUGGACUUUGACAAGAUUCUACACCGCGAGAUCAAGCCUCCAUUUGUGCCUUCUAAAGACCACCUGAAUUGUGACCCAACAUAUGAACUGGAGGAGAUGAUCAUCGAAUCAAAGCCACUCCACAAGAAGAAGAAGAGACUCGCUAAACAGAACUCGAAACGGGAACUGUCUCGCCAGUCAUCAGUGGAAGGCGAUACAGCUCAUGACACAGAGGAGAAUAUCUUCAAAUACUUCAGGAUUUUCAAUCGAGAAAGAGAAUUACCAGGACAUAAUCAGGAGGAAUCUCACCCAGCUCACCAGGAAAAAGACAAUGAGUGUUACGAAUCUCAGGACGAGCUGGAGGCCCCGGUCAGAACGGCCUCCAAACCCCGAGUUACUAAACAAGUGACGUUCGACUCGAGCGAGCUUCAUACGACCAGCAAGAAACCCAUUUCCAGCAUAGGGGCUAGUACCUCCUUCAGCUGAUGGUCAGAACUGCUGGUGUUGCUGAUCAAGUAGCAAGGUUCAAUUUCAUUCCACUGAAAAGGAAUCGAUUUAGUUUUAUUUCUGAAGAAAAAACUUGUACAUCUUCUGAGAAAUAUGUGAAAUGUAUUUAUAAAAACAGGACUUAGCUGUGAAUGGACCUGGUUCAUAUGUGUCCAUGCUUUCCUUGCCACAUGAUGUCAAUCUUUUUUAUGGUCUAGUCUUGAUUUUUCUCUAGUCAAGGAUUUUUUUCUUUUACCCACUACAUAGUUGUAUGUACAAUGUAUUAAAGGGUUGUUAUUAAGGGACAAUUAAGCAAUGUUCAUUUAUCUGUAUGGUACCAUAUCAUGUCUCCUGUUUGUGUUUAUUACAGGAAGAAAGUAUAGAAGUAGAGAAAGGACUAUGAGUGGUAUUAUGCAUUUUUCGCCCCAAAAAUUAAAGUUUUAUAAAGAGCUUUAAAAAUAAGUUGGAAGAUUUUUCGGGAAUUAGGUCAUUUAGGUGACGUCAUAGAUAAGCAGCGAAUAAGCAAUGAUGACUAAAGUCAAGUUUAAACUGAUAGGUGUCCACUGUACAAUGAUUUAUGAAGAUUUGAUUUUUAUAUGAUGCUAUUAAAAAAUUUGUUAAAAUUUGGGGAAGAUAUUUGACCAUACCGCACAUAGUCCUUUUGAUUUCAUUAUUAAACUAGUUAAGAGAAGGUUUAAUUAGUUACAAAAUGUUUGUGAGGUACUUAACAUGAAUUGGAAAGUCUACUUUUACUGUCACUGUUUGUUUGCCACAAUGACCUACAGAUUAUAUGUUACAAUUGAGUGGGUUAAUUAAUUAAGCCAUAUGUGUAAAUAUUGUGCAACAUACUCCUCUUUAAAAUUUUGCUUCUGUAAAACAUACAUUUUCCUAAAGAAAUCUGUUAUUAAAAUACCUAGAAUUUAGGCAUGUUUUUAGGGUCAAAAUUUAUUGAUGACACCACUUUUAAUUUGCCGAUUUUGUAAGGUAAUAGUCCCCGCAAAAGUUUUUCAUAACAGACGGAGUAAUAUCUUUUAUUAGAGGGACACAUUAUGAAUUUAAAUUCACGGCAUCAGAAAAAAGGCAUAAUUUAUAGUUUAUAGUGAAAGUUUUACACAUGAAUGUUUAUUGUAACAACUGUGCUCACAAAUUGCUUGUGAUCAAAAAUAUUUCUUGUAUUUAUGGGGAUAUAAAUACGAUUUGGUCACAUGAUCAAAUCUGAUAAAGUCCUUAUUUCUUAUGCCACCAGACCAAAGUUUGUUACUGCACUAUUGUGAAUCAUUAAUUAUGUUUUGAAUAUUUUAAAAUUAUAGGUCUUUUAAUAUUGUGUUCGAAUCUUUUUCACAUUCCUUUGGUUAUACUUGUAUUAAUUUUAUAAUUUUUUUAUUCUUGUUUUAUUACAUUAGAUUUAUUUGUAAUUCUGUUAUAUUUGCCUAGUUAGAAACAAUCCUACAAUGAAAUGAAGCCAGUAUCAGUGAUUUAAUAUUUAUUGUUUGUUUAACGAGGCCGGGUCUAAUUUUUUCUGCCCUAGAUUUUUGAAUGAAAUUUUUAACAAGAAUUUCUACUGAUAUAAUUAUUAUUUUAAGUUAAAAAAAUAAGACAUUUACCACACCGUUUGUUUAAGGGGUCAUCUCAAAGUUUGUUAAUUUUUAACAUAGGACUCUAUGGGAUUUUGCUUGAAAUGUACCAAAUUUGCACAUUUUUUAAACUUCUGCCCUAGGGAUUUCUUUUUCUGUUCUACAAAUUAAAGUUAUUGCUAAAAGGCAUCAAAUUGUCAAAUAAAAAAAACCUUUUACCUCCUGGUUUGUUCCAGGGGUCUUAUCAAAGUUAUUUUUUGUACGCCCAAUUUCCCAGUUUGUCAGAUAAUGGCUAUUUUUUAUUUGACAAAGAGGGAAAUGGUGACCUUUAUUGUAUUAUUAAAACAUUAAGACAUAUUUCGGUAAUAAAUAAAUAUAUAACAUCACAUAUUAAGGGUAAAUGAUAUAAAAUACAUGGUUAAUGUCUUGAAAUAAAUAAAUUUAGCGAUAUUUAGGCGGGUUAAGAAAACGUGACAGAGGGUUAGGCUUGCUGAACCCUCUUCACGUUUUCGACCCGAGCCCAAAUAUAGCUUAUACUUCGAGACAUUUAUGUUUAUUCCACAAUAUAAUAUCAAUUUUACACAUCAAACGAGUUAUUUUCAACAAAUUUCGCUGAAUAUCUGCAGUUGAAACUAUCACGCCAUGGCGUCAACAAAGCAAAAAGAUGACGUCACAAUACAAAUGAAACGCUGCGCGAAAGCGUGCGUACUCGUUCUGUACUCGGCCUCGUUAAGUUAAUCUUACAGUCAUAGUUCUUAUGUGUGAGGAGAGAGAGAGAGAGAGAGAGAGAGAGAGCGAGCGAGAGAAUAAUUAAACUAUAAUUUAAACCCCCCCCCCCUACCAUGAUAAAUAAUUUUUUUUCUUAUAUACAUUUGAAAAUAGAAUUCAGUGCAUAAUUCAGGACAAAUUACAUGUCGUAAAAAAAAAUUAUGACAAUCAGAAUUCUUUACUUUAUUUGUAUUCAUCUUCAUUGCACAAAGCUUAUGUCAUGAAAAACAUGAAUUUGAUUUCAUCUUGUUGUCAAUAUGCUCUGUUUAUUGCUGGUUUUUUUAAUUUAUAGUGUGACUUGUUUAGUCGUUAGCAUGUGUUCAAAGUACAUAUUGUUGUCAUUAGAAGGAUUAUAUCCUAUUUUUUAAUCUAUCCAUAUUUUACAUGUACACACCAUCAUACUUAGUGACAUUCAGAUCUGUAAAGUUGAAAGGCUCCAUGAUCAUUGUUUUAUUUUAUAAAUUGUUUAACUUUUUCUUGUUCUCUUUGUUUUAUUAUUUAUAUUCUAUUCACUGUUGGCAUAUGUUUUAUAAAAUUUAAAAAAAAAAUUAAAUAUUUUUUUGUUA